AUGCCAAAACACAAGUCGAACUUGUCCAUUGCAAUCAAAAAGGCCGACACAGAGAGCCAGGCAGCACAGAAAAAGGCCAAAACAAGAACCCAGAACCAUGAAACCACGUCGCUCAAGAGCAACGAUUCGGUGCUAGACAGCCUUGCUGAAUGCGUGGAGCCUAGGGAGUCCAGCAGUAUUUCGUCUUCCUUUAAUCUUUUACCCGGGUUCAACGGACCAGGCAACCUUGGCACGUCGCUACCGCUGGUAAGACUGUUUAGACCAGAGCUUACGCCUAUUACAACAACGUUUGAGGAUCAGAGCGAGGAACAGCUUAACAACUUGAUCAGGAGGGAGCUGGAGAGCGCAGACAAGGAGAGCACGUCGUUGAAAAGUAAGAUUUCAAAGGAUGAGCUUCAAACAAAGAUGGAGGAACACGAUGAAGCGGAUGAAGCCAGUGAUAGUGAAGAUGAGCUUAAUGCGGUGAACCCGGAAAACGAGGAGGAUCUUAAGGACUAUGUUCCUGGCGGCUAUCAUACUUGUCACAUUGGCGAGACGUAUAAAAACAAAAAGUACACUUUGGUGAGGAAACUCGGAUGGGGCCAUUUCUCCACCGUGUGGCUCGCUAGGGAUAACGAUAAACAGUGCCAUGUGGCGAUGAAGAUUGUACGGUCUGCCAAACAGUACACAGACACUGCCGUUGAUGAGAUCAAGCUUUUAGAUAAGGUCACCACCUCCGAUACUCAUCACCCUGGCCACGAGCAUGUCAUUCAACUUUUAGAUACCUUCUCACAUGAAGGUCCCAACGGUGUUCACGUUUGCAUGGUGUUUGAAGUUCUUGGAGAAAAUCUUCUCGGUCUCAUCCGUCGCUACAAGCAUAAGGGGAUCCCCGUUGUUUUUGUGAAGCAGAUCGCAAAGCAGUUAUUGUCUGCAUUGGAUUUUCUUCAUCGUAAAUGCGGUGUUAUCCAUACCGAUAUUAAACCAGAGAACGUUUUAAUCGAGAUUGGCGAUGUCGAACAGAUUGUCCGUAUGGUGGAGCAGGAGGAGCAUCAAGCAAAGCUUCAGCGUAAGUUACUGCGCACAAAAUCACAAUCUGGAGCUGCCUCCCAGUCCAAUUCCACUCCAUCAACUUCCACCCAGAACACCCCUCAGAUCAAGCAUGCUCAGCUCGCUGAGAAAGUCAGGCCAUCAGUGGAAAUGGCUUCACCGCUGCUUGGUCGCAAUGGAAGAAGGUCCCGUCGUCAAACACUCAUUACGGGUUCACAGCCUUUACCUUCUCCAUUGCGGUCAUUCAACAAGUCAUUCACGAACAUCCAUACGCUUUCCAGCUCCUCCCAGAACACCCCAAUUCAAAAGGUGGUAAGUCAUGGCUCCUUUACCAACACCUCUGAUGCGGAAACUUCCGAACAGAUGGAAAAAAGCUUGAACAACUCGCUUUCUUCAAUGUACAUAUCAAACUCUUCAGGUACCUUUAUGGGUCCAAACAGAGAUAAUGGGGACGAGUCGUUUGUCAAUAACUCAUCCUUGAUCAUAAAUGAAGACGAGUUGAUUUCCGUGAAAAUAGCCGAUUUGGGUAAUUCCUGCUGGGUGCAUCAUCACUUCACCGAUGAGAUUCAAACAAGACAAUAUAGAUCCCCAGAAGUCUUGCUUGGGUACCAUUGGGGAGCAUCUGCUGACCUUUGGUCUUUCGCUUGCUUGAUGUUUGAGCUUCUCACUGGUGACUACUUGUUUGAUCCAAGGUCCGGCAAGUCUUACAGUAAAGACGACGACCAUAUUGCUCAAAUAAUCGAGUUGAUUGGUCCUUUCUCACGCACAAUGCUCAAGGAGAGCUACUACGCCAGAGACUUCUUUAGUUCUAGGGGUGAGUUGCUCAGGAUUUCAAAGUUAAAGCCUUGGGGACUUAAAGAUGUGCUUAUUGAAAAGUACAAGUUCCCUGUUAGUGACGCAAUCGAAAUCUCGGACUUCUUGUCGCCAAUGUUGACUUUACAGCCAGAGAAGAGAGCAGAUGCUGGUGGUAUGGUCAACCAUCCAUGGUUAAGUGAUGCCCUUGGUCUUGAGAAUGUUGUCUUGGAGCGUCCUGUGGGAGGCUCUGGAGAAGACAUUCCAGGUUGGGCACACGAAAUCGAUCCUCAAUCUCAGGGCAACCGGUUUUUCUUCCGCCAUUGA